AUGUGGCAAAGCUUUGUCUGCGCCAUGACUGCAGCUGUGGUCCUCCAGGCAUUCGACCCUUUCCGAACGGGUCAGCUCGUCAUGUAUCAGGUCAAGUUCAGCACGAGCUGGCACGGCUUCGAGCUAAUCCCCUUCGUUCUACUCGGCAUCCUGGGUGGAAUUUACGGCGGUCUCUUCAUCAAGGCCAAUAUGGCGGUGGCUCGAUGGAAGAAGAACACGUCGUGGCUGCCAGGACCCAUCACCCAGGUCGCCGCGAUCGCCCUUCUGACGGCGCUCAUCAACUACCCAAACCAUUACAUGAAGUUUCAAACUUCGGAGCUUGUAUCGAAUUUGUUCGUCGAGUGCUCCAAGUACGUUGACGACCAGAUCGGCCUCUGUAAGACGGGGGCUGCAUCAACACCGACCAUUGUGCUCCUGAUUUUCGGCGCUAUUCUUGGGUUUUUUCUGGCUACCGUCACCUUUGGCCUCCAACUGCCUGCUGGUAUCAUACUGCCCUCGAUGGCCAUCGGUGCCCUCACAGGCCGGGCGGUAGGCAUUAUCAUGGAGAUUUGGGUGACGAACCACCCCGCCUUCUUCCCCUUUGCCUCAUGCGAACCAGACGUCCCGUGUGUGACCCCCGGGACGUAUGCCAUCAUUGGUGCAGCAGCCACUCUCGCCGGAGUCACUCGCAUGACCGUUUCCAUCGUGGUCAUCAUGUUUGAGCUAACAGGAGCUUUGACGUAUGUUCUCCCUAUCAUGAUUGCUGUCAUGAUUUCGAAAUGGGUAGGGGAUGCGUUCUCUCGGAAGGGCAUUUACGAAGCCUGGAUUCACUUUAACGAGUACCCGUUCCUAGACAACAGCGAGGAGGUGGUCAUACCAGACAUUCCCGCUUCCCAGAUCAUGACUCGCAUCGAGGAUCUGGUCGUGAUUACAGCGACGGGUCACACCAUUGGCAGUCUCAAGAAUAUUCUCGACACACACCCUUACCGGGGCUUUCCAGUCAUCUCAGACCCCCGCGAAGCUCUGCUGCUGGGGUACAUCUCACGAGCGGAGCUUACCUACAACUUGCAAAUGUGCUCUCAGCCGCCACGGUCCCUUCCGCCGGAGACUGAAGCUUUCUUCUCCCAUCAACCUCUCGCGGACCCCCGCACUACGCUCGAUCUCCGGCCGUGGAUGGACCAGACGCCCAUCACUAUGACGUCCCGUUCGACCCUGCACUUGACUGUAAGCUACUUCCAGAAGCUUGGCCUGCGCUACGUCCUCUUCAGCCACCGCGGUGCCCUGCAGGGUCUCUUGACGAAGAAAGACGUUUGGUACGUUCUCAAUGGCGCGGAGGAGACGCGUCGGACCAGCGGGUUGCCGAGAGACAUGGGUGUCGAGACCGGCCUCACGAGAGAGGACGGCGCCGGCGAGCAGAGGGGUCUGCUGAGAGAUGACGGGCAAGAGGAUGGUAUCAGUCCGGCAGACGAACGGGAAACGAUGUUGUAA